GGAACCAGUCUAGGCCGGCAAACAUUUGGCAGCGCAAAAAGAAGGAUCCAGUUUGAAAUCCGUUUCCGGCAAACCUGCGCUGCGCGUUGCAACACACAGUGAAACACGUUGUCGACACUGCAAGAACAUUAUUUCCAGUGGAAUCAGGAGAAAGAACAGAUUGAAUUAUGCCACCUAAGAAGAAGGAAGAAGCAAAACCUGCACCUCUUAUUGGUAGAGUUGGUACAAACCUGAAAAUUGGUAUUGUUGGACUUCCCAAUGUCGGGAAGUCCACCUUUUUCAAUGUGUUGACAAAGAGUCAAGCCACAGCAGAGAACUUCCCAUUCUGUACCAUAGAUCCGAAUGAGAGUCGUGUACCAGUGCCAGACACUAGGUGGGACCAUCUAGUUGAGCACUACAAGCCUGUCAGCAAAGUGCCAGCAUUCCUUAACGUGGUGGACAUUGCUGGUUUGGUGAAAGGUGCUCAUGAAGGAAAGGGUCUUGGGAAUGCAUUCUUGUCCAACAUCAAGGCUUGUGAUGCUAUCUUCCAUGUUGUUCGAUGUUUUGAUGAUGAAGAUAUCGUUCAUGUUGAGGGAGAUGUUGACCCAGCUCGAGAUCUUGAAAUCAUUCAUGAUGAGUUACGACUGAAAGACAUUGAAUUCCUAAAAAAGCAGAUGGAUCCUCUUGAGAAGACGGUGGGACGUGGAGGAGAGAAAGGAAAAAAGGGAGAGUAUGAUUGCUACUUGAAAGUUCGAAAUCUGUUGGAAGGCAAAAAAUGGAUCCGUCAAGGAAGCUGGGAUGCAAAGGAGAUUGAGGAAUUAAACAAGUGUCUAUAUCUAACAGCAAAACCUGUGAUAUAUCUGGUGAAUCUGUCUGAGAAGGAUUACAUCCGAAAGAAAAAUAAGAGGUUAUUGGGAAUCAAAGAAUGGAUUGAUGCAAAUGACCCUGGAGCAACAGUCAUCCUGUUCAGUGGUGCUUUGGAAUUAAGACUGGCAGACAUGGGUGAAGAUAAUGAAGCCAAAGAAGCCUUACUCAAGGAGCGUAACACCCAAAGUGCUCUGGAGAAAAUAAUAGUGACAGGAUACAAGUCUCUUAAUCUCAUCUAUUUCUUUACAUCUGGCAAAGAUGAAGUCAAAGCAUGGACCAUACAGGUUGGUGCCAAGGCCCCUCAAGCAGCAGGCAAGAUCCACACUGACUUUGAGAAAGGGUUUAUCAUGGCUGAGGUGAUGGCGUUUGAAGACUUCAAAGAAAAUGGCACAGAGGUGGCAUGCAAGGCUGCUGGAAAAUACAAGCAGAAAGGACGUGACUAUGUUGUCGAAGAUGGGGACAUUAUCUACUUCAAAUUUAAUGCUGGAGCAGGACUGACAGGGAAAAAGAAGUGAUCUACACACACUUUCCUAAGUGGCAAUUAUGAAUAAGUGUAAUUAUUCUACUUUGUAGCCAUGCGUUUAUGAUUUGUAUGAAGGACUGUUUCAUCAACAACCUUGACAUUUUCAUGAUUGUCAUCAUGCAAAAACUGUUCAUGUGAGCAUACCUCUAAUGAUCCCUAAUACAUUUUUUGGUUAAAAAUCUUCUGUUUUACAGUGCAAAUGCAUCUAGAAUGUAAAUGUUUAUGCUCAUGUAAUAUGAGUUACCAACAGAAAAUAAAAGAAUGCUAAUUGCUAGAGUGAGUGGUUAAGUGUAAAUUGCUCAACCGGUAGAGCUUCAUGCAUAUUGUUACAUUGUCAGCCAUGACACCAUGCAUCCUGUAAGCAUUUUUGGUUUUUGGAUUGAUUCAAAUAUUGAAAGCUAUCUGCCAAAUGUUGUUCCUUAAAAUUUUCUCAUAAAAGCUAGUUAAGAUGAAAUUUUUUAUAAUUAUGUUGGUCACAUGAUCAGUCGCAGACUGGCCCAGUAUUGGUUUCUGGACCUCAAUGUAUAUAAAUGGAUUUCAACAAAAUUUGUGUUUAUCAUUCAAAUAUUUCUUUACACACUUCUAAUACCUGUGUCCCGAUGGGGAUUCCGGGUCAGUGUAGGUCAUCCUGGUCGUAACAGCUGACCAUAUGGAUUGGAUGGUCAGGUUCGAUAACUUGGUUGAUAUCAAUGACUUGUCUGGUUGAGACUUUAUUAUUUAGGGGCCGCCAUGAUAUGGCUGGAAUAUUGCUGAGUGUGAAAGUAUUUUUGAAGUUCUAUUCAUGUUGUGGUUAUAUCAUUUGAAUACUGGCAUAUAUUCAUAUAGCACUUAGGAAUGUUCUUGAAAUACUUGUCACUGAUACUGUCAUGAUCUGCCAACUGAUGAAUAAAAUGAAGUACCAAUCAUA